CAAGCUUUUCAUUCGCCUUCAUUAAUUGUAUGUUGUCAGUUGAUGAUUCAAAAUAUUUUAUACGCUGAAUCAUGAUAGUGCGACCGAAUUAAAUUUUUUAUUCAAGUUGUCUAUAUAUUUGGAAAGCUACAAAGAAAAUUAAUUAAAAAGGAUAAUAAUUGAGCAUUUUUGUACUCAGGCAAAAUAAGGUAAAAUCUCUCUCUUUGAGGAACACAACUGUUUUAUGUAAAUCGUUCGACCUGAAGAUGACCCCUAACCACAAAAACAAACCACAAGACGAGAUUCGCUCGACCGCAAAACAAUAACUCUGGAGCAUGGACAGCGCCAGCUGCGUACACGAGAUAAGCGUUAUCAGGCGCGCCCACCAGAAAGGCGCGCCCAUGUGAUACUAGAGGACUAUGUGAAUCAUUCAAAAUGAUGGUCCACCGCACAGUUACAUCAAGACGGACAAAGGAAUCAUGUCUGCCUUUCUGCAUCACUGUCCCUUCUUGAAGUCAGCCUCGCGCCCUUUCGGACGUAGUGCAGGCGCAGCUCUCUUUUCCAUGGCUGACCGGUGCCCACUUAUCAUUCGUCAUGUCAGCACCUCAGCCGUGCAACCCACUUCACUCAACUCACCUGGGAAAGCACCACCUCUGAUGACGCUGGCCCAAAGGCGCCUCAUGUCCCAGGCGGCCACCCAGGUGGCUGUGUCUGUGUCUAAAGGCUGCCCCUUUGUGUCAUCCCAGCUGAAUGUGGUGAAGGCCAGUGAGGAGGUGCAGGAGGAUGUCUUUCGCAAUGCAUCAAAAAACACAGAGGUGGUGAGUUCACUUCAGGCAGGCAUGGGAGACACCUCCCUACUGGGGCUUCAGAGCCUGGCUCCCUUCCAUCUCCUCAAAGAUAACAUGGAGGGUCCCAGCUUUGACUAUGAUACCUUCUUUGACGAGAGGAUCAAUGAGAAGAAGAGUGAUCACACUUACCGCAUAUUUAAGACAGUGAACCGGCAUGCUGACAUCUUCCCCUUUGCGGAUGACUACUCUGUUCCUGGCCGGAAAGAGAGCCAGGUGUCUGUGUGGUGUAGCAAUGACUACCUGGGCAUGAGCCGCCACCCCAGUGUUGUACAGGCCAUACAGGAUGCUCUGGAGAAGCAUGGUGCUGGUGCAGGAGGCACCAGAAACAUCUCAGGCACCAGUAACUACCACGUGAUGCUGGAACAGGAGCUGGCUAGCCUCCACCAGAAGGAUGGCGCUCUCGUGUUCUCAUCCUGCUUCGUGGCCAAUGACUCUACUCUCUUCACUCUUGCCAAAAUGCUUCCUGGUUGUGAGAUUUAUUCAGACAUGGGGAACCAUGCCUCCAUGAUCCAGGGCAUCAGGAACAGCACAGCCAAGCGCUUUAUCUUCCGCCAUAAUGACCCCCAACACCUGGAGGAGCUGCUGAGCAAAGCAGACCCUCUAACCCCCAAGAUUGUGGCCUUUGAGACUGUGCAUUCUAUGGAUGGUGCUAUCUGCCCCCUGGAGGAGCUGUGUGAUGUGGCUCAUAAGUAUGGUGCACUGACAUUCGUGGAUGAAGUCCAUGCAGUGGGGCUGUACGGGGCACAAGGGGCUGGAGUCGGAGAGAGAGACGGUGUCAUGCACAAGAUUGACAUUGUUUCUGGAACACUGGGGAAGGCAUUUGGCUGUGUGGGGGGCUACAUAGCCAGCAGCGGCACCCUGGUGGACACAAUUCGCUCCUACGCCGCCGGCUUCAUCUUCACCACCUCACUGCCGCCAAUGGUGCUGGCAGGGGCGCUGGAGUCGGUGCGGGUGCUACGCAGCCCAGAAGGCCAGCUGCUGCGCCGAGCCCACCAACGCAAUGUCAAACACAUGCGCCAGCUGCUGAUGGACGCUGGCCUGCCUGUCAUCAACUGCCCCAGCCACAUCAUCCCCAUCCGGGUUGGCAAUGCAGAGCUGAACUCAAAGAUGUGUGACCUCCUGUUGGAGCGCCAUAACAUCUACGUCCAGGCCAUCAACUAUCCCACCGUAGCCCGCGGGCAGGAGAUGCUGCGCCUGGCCCCAUCCCCCUUCCACAUGCCGUCCAUGAUGGACUUCUUCACAGUGAGGUUGCUGGAGGCGUGGAAGGAGGUGGGUUUGCCCCUGAAUGGCCCAGCAACAGCUUCCUGCAGCUUCUGCGACCGCCCGCUGCACUUCGACCUCAUGAGUGAGUGGGAGAGGUCCUAUUUUGGCACAAUGGAUCAGUACAUCACCGUGUCUGCAUGAGUGCACACAAGCCAAAGGAAAGGAACAAAGGAACAAAACUAUGUGAUUUGAUCACACGUGAUUUCAUGUGCGUGUUUUGGCGAAGCUGCUGGUCAUCCAGGCAUCCUUAUCUGUAUGUGGACAUCUUAGCAGCUUCUCUGAUUCUCCAUCUUUCACUGUGCCCCCUGCUCAGACAGUCGUUGUACCCACCAGUCCACCACUGUUACAAAACCUAGAUGAUAGCUUCACCAAAACAUGCACAAUCCUAUUAAGAACACAUAAUUUCACUUAAUGUCUAUCAUUCCCAUCUGCUUUGAAUAUUCCCAAAUGUUAGGGCCUGUUAGGGAUGUAUAUGUGAGUAAAUGUUUAGUUUUUUCUUAUUCUUUCAUUUGAAAUUCAUUCCUCAUACCUGCACAUGAGCACUUUCAUUGCUCCAGACAUUAUGGAAAGUCCAAAAUUAUUAUGUCCCGUCAUUGUAAAUUGACUUCUGCAAAAGCUAUAGUUGGCAGUUUUCCAGGAGAUUAUAUAAAUGUGUUUGUGCUGAAGAGGUAUUUGAGAUGUUUCUUUUUUGUUUGUUGUCAUGUUAUCUUGUUGCUUAGUAUUAUUUCAGCCAUUACAGAAUUGGAUGUAUACAAAAUAUUGCCUGAAGUCUCUCCCCUGUCUCUGUUGUACCUUACCAUUGCUUACAUGAUCUUAAUGGAACAGAAUGUGCUGAUACAAUAAAAGGGAUUGAACACA